AUGAGUUUACUAGACGUCCAAUCUCCUGCUUUGACCUAUUUUGAACAGUACAGCAAGGCCUUUUGUGCUUUAGCCUUUGUCCUUGUUCUACCUGACUUGACGGCCAAAGAGAAGAGGAGAUGUCUGGAUGCAUUUCAGUACAACCAUGACAACCCUUACUUCAAGCCAGUUUCCAAGGAGGACGCCAUGUUUGUACACAUGUUUCAUACCAGUGGCAAGUUGACUGGGACGCAGGCUCGCAUUGGAACCGUGGACAUUGUGAUCAACAAUGGCUACUUCCAGCCUGGCUGUGGCAAGCAAGUUAACAAAGGAGUCGGCUGCAGUCAUCGUAGGUCUGUUGCUGUGUUUCUGCUCAGUCUAGUAGCCACAGGCAGCGUAGUGGCCAGGAGGUGUGACAGUUGGGAAGACUUCAACCAAUGUAAAUGCUCCGACCCGGCUAACCCUCUGCUCGUCGUUUCUUUCCCAGUGAAUGAAGAGGUAACUGGCACAUUCUACGUAAGAACUAAGGGCAUACUACCUUUUGUGCUAUCAUCCCAAGGAGCAUACUGUGAGGCCGAAGCCAAAGUUCCUCACUUCUACAAAAAGUAAUUUAAUUAAAAGUGAGAAACAGUUGUUCAUUUUCUAAUAAAAUUAAUUUACCAAACCAUAUAACUUAGAG